CAUGGCAUCAUUCUCAGUUUCCCACAAAACCAUCCCGAAAGAUAAUGUUCUUCGCCGGUUCUUUACAGGAUGGGAUUGCCCUCGCCGUUCAGGAGUCCAAGGCUGUUAUUUGCUUUGUGCCAGAUGACGGCGAGGCCAGCUCAACAUGGCAAGACGAAUACUUUAUAGGUGACGAGCAGUUUACAGAGCUCCUCAAAGCACGAUCUGUCCUAUUGCGCAUCGCCAAAGACAGCCCGGAAGCUGGGUUCCUAGCUUCUGUCUGUCCCGUCACACAAUACCCGACAGUUGUCGUCAUUAGGAAUGGAAUGCUACGGGAAUAUAUCAUGCCGGAUGUCUCGAAAGACGAGUUCCGCAACCGACUUACGGCCGCUAUAGAGGAUAGUGAAACUGAAUCCCAGGCGCUUGCUCCUUCGGUAGCUCAACAACUGCCCCAUCAGCCUCAGGAAAUGAACCCCCCCGCACCAGCUCCGGAGCCUGCUGUGACACCCCCCACGCGAAGUGCGCCGACAUCCGAGACGCCAUCAAUGCCGGAACAGGUCAGCCGGGAUACACCCGAGAAUAAAUCCAGCGAGAAAGGAAAGAAGCCUGUAUAUGCUGCAGGCUCUCAAAGUCAGCCCCGAAACCAGGAAGGAAAUAAGCACCGCCAAUCCCCAAUUGAAUCCCGGGAAAAGAGCCAGGAGAAGGACACAAAAGGCAAAGCUUCAGUACGAGCCCCAAAGAAAGAGAAGCUGGCGGAUGAACCACCAGUUCGUCGGCCCACACAACCAGCAGGGCCUCCAACACAAUAUCGUCUACAAGUACGAUUAUUCGAUGGAAGUUCCGUGCGAUCAACUUUUUCGCCCACGCAGACUAUCCACAAAGAUGUUCGCCCUUGGCUUGAUAGUCAGCUAGAGGAAAAGAAGCCCUAUAAUCUCAAGCAUAUUCUCACUCCCUUACCGAACAAGACUCUUACAAUCACUGAAGAGGAUCAAACGCUUCGUGAGCUCAUCACCGGCUCCACGGCAACCUUUGUCAUGGUCCCUAUCAAAACAUAUAUAGAGGCAUACUCGGAAUCUGGGUCUUUACCUGUUCGUGCGUUGUCUUCAGCGUAUGGGCUGGUUACAUCCGUAAUCAGCGAGACGGUAGGGUAUGUCGGCUCCUUCGUUGGGUACGCCCAAAACACCGUUGCGCCAUCACAUCCAGAGCCGGCUCAGCCCAGCGAAUCACAGCCAUCUACAGACAGUACAAGGCGCCCUCGGCCGUGGGGACCCAACAUUCGGACCCUUAGAGACCAGGGAAGUGAGCAGGAUAGCCAAUUCUAUAAUGGUAACCAGUUGAAUUUCGAACCCAGACAAAAUGAUGCGCGAUGAAAUUAGCAUAUCUUAUUGGCGACUAGUACUCUUUCAUCCUAUACCAUUGGUCAUGGUCUAUGGAAGCUCUGUACAUAGUAGGUAGUAGACUGUGCGUUGCUGGUGGAUGUGGUGGAACAUCCUUGACGAUCACUGUAUUAUCUUUGCACUAGAAUAAGCAGGAACAGACCUACGCAGUGGCUUUGGGCCGUAACCCAGAGCGGGCUAUAUUUCGAGGAAGGAGCGGUGGCCCAACUCAGGAAAGAACAACCACCGGCCCGCCGGCGGUGGCCUCAGGUGCAGGUUUCCCUCGAGGUGACGCAGGUAUAUUUGAUUUCCACUCUAGGAAGGCACGACUCCUGUCGGAUAUUACUUCGUAGGUAUCUUGUCUCUAGACCAGUAAAGGCUUAACUAGGUAGUUGCAGAAAGUAUCGUUCUUGAAGAGGAG